CAUAUCUCACCGCCAGCUUGAAGAUUUCCUGAGAGUAACGAAAGCAAAAGUUUGAAUGGCCUUGAUUAAAAGUUUCAAAAUUAGUAUUUUUUUUAAUAAAAUACAAAAACAAAAGCACUUUCAGUAUCUGUAUCCAAAAAAAAAAAAAGCACUUUCAGUAUCUAUCUCAUCGCAGAACCUUGUUCCAAUUCAAACAAUCCGCAACAGCAUCUCCUUGACAACUUCGCCGCAGCGCCGCUUUGACGGCUCCACCGCUGGUAUAUGAUGGCUGGCUACAUUAUUAGACGAGCAUUCUCACGCCGCAAUUUGUUUCGCCUCCCAACCUCUGCUCUUAGUGUUUGUCAAAAUUCCCCUGUUGAUAGUCGCCAUCCAACUAUGGCUAAUUUUAUCAUGGAAACUCGCAGAGCCUCUUCCAAAGGAAAGUCAUUCGGGUGGUUACGUGAAGCUCCACCAAAUUAUGGCCCUGAUAUUAAGGCAAGUGCUGUCUCACAGAUGGAGGCUGCAAUGGCUGCAUUGUCUGUUGAACUAAGCAAACUACGAACAGGAAGAGCAUCUCCAGGAAUGCUUGAUCACAUUAUUGUAGAAACUGGUGGUGUCAAGAUGCCUUUGAAUCGGAUUGCUCUUGUUUCGGUUCUAGAUCCUAAAACCUUAUCUGUUAAUCCUUAUGAUCCUGAGACACUUAAACAAUUAGAGAACACCAUUGUUUCAUCUCCAUUGGGAUUAAAUCCUAAAACAGAUGGUGAAAGAUUGACUGUUGUCAUUCCACCGUUAACCAAAGAGCAUAUGCAGGCUAUGAAUAAGUUGGUCACUAAAUCUUGUGAGGAUACUCGGCAAAGCAUUAGAAGAGCUCGACAAAAGGCAAUGGAAGCCAUUAAGAAAUUGAAUUCCAUCCUUCCCAAGGACGACCUAAAAAGAUUAGAGAAAGAAGUUGAUGAUUUAACGAAGAAAUUUAUUAAGUCUGCAGAAGAUGUAUCCAAGGCAAAGGAGAAAGAAAUUAGUCAAGGUUGACUUGUAGUAUUAUUCUAGAUUUUAUGGAUUCUGCUGGGGCCUGAAAUUUUAUCUGGUCUAAGCUAAGCUGAGUAUCAUUUAACUAGUCAUUAUAUUUAUGGACUAUUUUGUUAGUAUAGAAAUAUUAUAUAAAAAUGAUUAAUCUCAUUCUCAACCUGUGGGUUUUGAGUUGUUGCAUUAGUGCAGGUUGCUAUGUAAUGUUUUUUUAUCAAACAUUUUGUGUUUAUGGUUGCUA